UGAGCGCACACGCCGCUAUGUCUCAUCCAUUCUGUGCCGAAAUAUUGUGAAUGAUCGCGUAAACAAGGAUAAUGAGCCAGUAGGUGGAGCCCGCCAGUUGCGUACGCCCCUCUAAGAUUUUUUCUCAUCGUCUGGGCGGCGCGGCGAACACGCCUCGCGACUCACGCUCAGCCAUCGCGCCGUGUAGGAGCCGACGGCAUCGCGCCGACGGCGUACGCCACUAACACGUAAACAAAACGUUAUCAUCGAUGCGAAAAAAGUGACAAAGGCGACAAAAUACACAGCCAAACUACUACACUCCCAUUGACAGUUCUCUGUUUUUUUUUUACCGAAAUGACCCGGUUUAUUAAUGGCCAGACAAAGAUAACAAACAAGUGAUUCGUGUUCCAAAGUUCGAAAAAGUUUUGAAAAGAAAAACUCAGUGACGAAAACGUUUACGAUGUGCCCGCGGAAGAAACGAAUAGUGUUGCCAACAUGAAAAAUAUUGAUGAAAGCAGAAUGCGAAAGAUAUUCCCUGCGGCUAUUGUUUACUUCUUGUUUCUUUUUUUCAAUAUGGCGAGUUCCCGUGGAAACAUGCUGCCGAGCCACCUCAAACUCAACUCGGCUUUAACCUGUCGGUUAGUCGGCGGCAUGACCAGAGACCAAAGAGCCUUCUGCCAGGAGUUGCCAGACGCCGUCUCCAUAGCCUUCGAGGGUCUACAGCUGGCGGUCAAGGAGUGCCAGCACCAGUUCAGGUGGCAUAGAUGGAACUGCUCCAGCUUGGCUGUGAAGAGUUCGAACCCGCAUUCUAGUGCUAUUAUGAAAAGAGGUUUCCGAGAGUCAGCGUUCCUCUACGCACUCACAGCCGCCGGCGUAGCCCAUGCUAUAGCCCGCGCGUGCGCACAGGGCCGGCUCCUCUCUUGCGGCUGCGACCCUCUAGGCUACCGAGCCUCUCACGACCCUAGAGGGAGGGCGCGCCCCAACAAGUGGGAAUGGAGUGGCUGUUCCCACAACCUGGCCUAUGGCAUCGAGUUCUCCAGAAAGUUCCUGGAUGUGAGAGAGCAGGUGGAUGAUCUGCAGUCGAAGAUCAAUGUACAUAACAACAACGCUGGGAGAUCGAUCCUGUCAUCCCAGAUGGAAGUACGCUGCAAGUGUCACGGUCUGUCGGGCAGCUGCCAACUCCGGACCUGCUGGAGAGCCACUCCUGACUUCAGGGUCGUCGCGUCUACCAUAAAGAGGCAGUAUAGAAAGGCUCUCAUGGUGGCCCAAGAGGAACUCAACAACGGACUGUCAGUACUAAGAGGCCGGCCUCGAGGGAGGAGGAAGAGCCGAGCAAAGCCAGCGCCGAAGACUAGCUUACUGUUCUUUGAAAAAUCCCCAAGUUUCUGCGACGCGGAUCCAAAGACCGAUUCAGCGGGCACAUCAGGUCGGGUCUGCCGUAUGGGCAGGACCUCUCGUGCUGGUUCCUGCGACCUCCUCUGCUGUGGGCGAGGACACGCACUCCUGAGGAAGUCCAGCAUCAAGCCCUGCAACUGUACCUUCCACUGGUGCUGCAGGGUCGACUGCCAGAGGUGUAAAGACGAGAAGUGGAUCGCGGUCUGUAAAUAGGCUGAUUGAUGCAUUGGAUGAGAAAAUGUUAUCUAAAAGGUUUACACAGUUUCUAAAAGUUCGACCUCUCAAAGAAGAACUGAAAUCUAACUAGA